AUGCCUUCCCCGUUCCUCACCCCCGGCUCCAUCUCCCAGGCUGACGGCCUUGCUCUGCUAAAUCUGCGCCGCGAUGAGACAGUACCAACGAUCCUCCGCACCUUCGAUGACGAGAACCGGGGCUACAAGGAGGGAAAAGUGACUAAUACCCGUUUUGGCUCAUACCCUCACAGUACCAUGCUCGAAAAGCCAUGGGGCUCCCAAAUUCGGGCCUCCAAAGUCGAUACAGGUUCGCGCGGCAGGAAGCCCAAGGCCGAUAACAAGCGCAAAGCCGAGGAACUCGAUGCAUCUGCCACGAAUACCGGCACUGAUGACGGGAACCAGCCGCUAAAGACUCCUGUAGUGGCAGACAGUGGUUUCUUACACCUUAUGUACCCAACGCCCGAAUCGUGGACCUUGUCGUUGCCCCAUCGAACACAGGUUGUCUACACCCCCGACUACAGCUACAUUCUUCACCGACUGCGUGCACGACCAGGAAGCACAAUAAUUGAAGCUGGUGCUGGUAGUGGCUCCUUUACCCACGCAUCCGUUCGUGCUGUGUUUAAUGGAUAUCCUACAGAGGAGCCCGCCACCAAGCGACGGAGGAUGGGCAAAGUUUGCAGCUACGAAUUUCACGAACAGCGAGCUGGCAGGGUACGAGAGGAAAUCACACAACAUGGACUGGAUGGUCUGGUGGAAGUAACACAUCGUGAUGUCUAUGAAGAUGGCUUCUUGUUAGGUACUCCCAAGACUGGCUCUUCACCCAAGGCGAACGCUAUCUUCUUGGAUCUUCCUGCCCCAUGGAUCGCCUUGAAACACCUUAUGCGCAAGCCUGCAGAUGGCUCAGAGUCUGCACUUGACCCAAAUACCACUGUACACAUUUGCACUUUUUCUCCAUGUCUUGAGCAAGCAGAGCGCACAAUCCGCACUAUGCGCCAGCUGUCAUGGCUCGACAUCUCCAUGGUCGAAGUCAACCACCACCGGAUCGAUGUGAAACGGGAGCGUAUCGGGCUCGACGCGGAAGGUGUACGUGGUGCAACCGUAUUCCCCACGAGUGUGGAAGAAGCCAUAACAAAGCUCUGUGAUGACGACGAACGAGCUAAGCGGACUCGCUCACACAACCCUGCUGGUCAAGACGAUGCCUCAAUUAAGAAGGAGUCCAAGGAUCCCUCUAAGCAGAGAUCAUAUGCUCCUUCAUAUGAUUUGGGACGCUUGGUGCACCGGCCUGAGCCUGAGCUGAAGACGCACACAUCUUACUUGGUCUUUGCCAUUCUACCUAGAGAUUGGUCCGAGGAGGAGGAGCAAAGAUGCCGUGAAAAGUGGCCGUCUGAUAAAAUUGAUACAACUCAAGGAAAAGAGACUGGAAAGACUAGAAGACAGAUGAAGAGGGAGUUUAAGGAGCAGUUGGAGAAAGAAAAAGCGGGGCAAAAGCAACAGGAGAAAGAGGAGAAUGUCGAGUCAUAG